UCAGCGUGGGCGGCCGUCGACUUUUCCCAACCCGCGGACUGAUCUUCUGUCGGUGUUUUUGAACGAUAAGACGCGACAUGUUUGUGGCUCCAACAUGGAGGAAACUCCGCUCGGUCCUGGAGGAGCCCGCGGCGUGCAGGCUCGAUCCCUCUCCCGCGCUCACUUCUCGCGGGGCAGCCUCGCGCGAGCCUCCCGCAGCUAGCACACGGGCUAACAGGCUAACCUGCCGAGCGCCCAGCCCUCAUAACAGAACCGCGGCCGGGGGAGCGCGCCGAGAGCCGCCGCUGGUCCUCGACGGUACCGAGAAAAUGUAGUCGCGGACUGUGGCUGGGUUCGGCUGCAUUUGUUUGAACACCCCGGGGUGACCGCUCGGCCGAGCAGGCUCCCAUUUUAACCUUUACUGUUAGAGAGUUACUGAUCCGCGAUGGUCGUGCUGUGAUGGCGUUUGCGGCCGGACUCCAUUCUCAUUUCAGCGUUUAAGCUCAUAUAGUUCUAAGUCAAGUCAUUUUUCUAUUAUAACAUCUUUAAAGGCUCUCCACAGUUUCCGUGUCGCCACGGGUCAGUUCGACCCAGGCGCUGUCUGAAAACGGUGGCGGAGCUGGUGGUGGAUAACUGUCGCUCCAGCGAUGGUGAGGUGGAAGGACUCACGGACGAUUACACUGGGCUGGAGAUCCUCAGCAUGGUGAACGUCGGCCUCAGCUCGCUCUCCAAACUGCCCUCACUGCCCAAACUACGCAAGUUGGAGGUGAGCGAUAACACCAUCUCGGGGGGUCUGGAUGCGCUGGCUGAGAAAUGUCCCAGCCUCACCUACCUGAACCUGAGCGGGAACAAGAUCAAGGAUCUGAGCACCAUCGAGCCUUUGCAAAACCUGAAGAACCUGAAGAGCCUGGACCUGUACAGCUGUGAGGUCACGGCGCUGGAUGACUACAGAGAUGGCGUCUUCGAGCUGCUGCCUCAGCUCACCUACCUGGAUGGGUUUGACGAGGAAGACAACGAGGUGCCCGACUCCGAGGCAGAGAACGAUGAGGAUGAUGAAGCCGGCCCACCCGGAGAUGAUGAUGAUGAUGAUGAUGAAGAGGAUGAUGAAGGCUCUGAGGGAGACGAGGUCGGCCUGUCGUACCUGAUGAAGGAGGGAAUCCAGGAUGAAGAGGACGAUGGAGACUACGUCGAGGAGGACGAAGAGGACGAGGAAGAAGAAGAGGAUGGAGAUGAGGACGGCGCCGCUGUUCAGGGCGAGAAGAGGAAGAGAGACGCCGACGACGAAGGUGAAGAUGACGACGACGAGUAGUCCAACCACCUUUGCACACUAUAUCGUCUGACACCCCCGCCUCCCCCCGCCCCUCCCCACCUCCACCUGACCCCGGCAGGACGUGGUUUUGGAGCUCCAGACAAACAGGAAGCUGAGAUCAGGCUCAUCGCUGUCCUUCACCGCGGUGAUGUCACUCCUCCGCCGGUCAGCUGAUCAGCAGGAAGUCAAUAACGGAGCUUAGAAAUGCACCGCGUUCCCUCAGACAUGUCACGCACAAAUAUGAAAUUCAGGAAAACCAUGAAGGACAAAAAAAAAAAGGAACACCUCAGCAGCUCCUCAGUCUGCUCCAGCUUCAUCACCUCCUCAUCCUCAGCACCGGCCUGCUGCUCAUCACACAGACAGCAGGGGGCAGCGACACACCGUUCCUCACCCCUGUGAUACGAAUAUUUAACAAUCCGAGGAACGCGCUACAUGAUUGGUGUUUGUCACAGUGAUGAUGUCAUCAGCGGUGGCGAGGGGAAAUCAAUCAGGGUCUGAAAACAUUUCAUUUUCCAGUCUGCUCGCUGUACGAGCCCCACACGCCUCUGGUGAUGUCAUCACGCAGCCACACCCUUUAACGCGUUUUUGGUUUUUGGGGGAGGGUUUUAAAUCACCACAUGUCUCGGGGUGUGAUGGGUGGCGCCGUCUCCGUCUGUAAUCUGUUGAUCGCUGAUGUUACUUAACACACGCUCGCGUCUUGGACCCAGCUGAUCAGUUCAAAAUUCCUAAAUUCUCUGAAACCCUCGUUCGGGGCGCGGUCACGAUGUUCUGUCAUUGAUCUGUUUUAAGCUAUCGAUCGGUUGGAUAGUCAAUCGAGUGUUUUUAUUUGACUUUAUUGAUCUGAAGCGAGUCAGCUGUUUCCUUUGUUUUUCGUUCAGUUUGUAUCUGCAAAAAAUAAAAAUAUACAGGAAGUGACCUGCAGCGGCGGGCUGUCAGCUGAUUGGUGGGCUGGUAUCUGGAACCAGACUAUAGCGCUGUCAGACUGUCUGCCUGGAAAAUGUGGCAUGUUCCUGUCUCUCCUCUAUUGAUUAUUGAUCAGCUGGAAGGCGGAGCUCCUCCCACUCAACCCAGUUCUCCUGAGCCUGUGAGUCCAGACACUACACUACCCAUGAUUCUCAACAGCUGAUUGCUCCAAACAUGGAUCCAGAGUUGCCCUCCUCUCUGCUCUCUGAUUGGAUGACUCCAAAGCAGUGCACUCUGGAUCUUGUAGUUGGCUCCUCCCCUAAGCUUUUUUCCUUCAUUCUUUUAAAUUGACUGUUACUGUUUUAACCCCGCCCCCGUCACCUGUCACCUGUUGGGUCUGCGGCCUCCCGUCCCACCCCCACGGAUCCCUGUGUAAAUAGAAGUGAACUGGUCUCUGUAGGUUUGUGCUGUCGUCCGUUUGGCCCUGAUCUGUGGUGUUGAGUUUGGAAGCGUGAAGCCGGAGCGAUGCUCCUCCUCCUCCGUAAUUUUAUUUUUUUAUUCCUGUGUUCUGAUCGUGUUGCUGUGUGUUUUUGAAUAAAACGACUGAAAUCUC